CUCGGCUUCCGGGUUAAUGGAUACGUUUGUCUCUGGUUGUUUAAACGGUUGGGCAGUUGAACAAGACGCUGCUGUUCAGCAUGUUGCUAGUUCUGUCAGAAGACCUUAAAGAACACCUCGCCUUCUUGCCAAAGGUUGACACCGCAGUGGUUGGAGAGUUUGGUCGCAUAGCACUGGAGUUCCUAAGACGAGGAACCAGCCCUAAGAUCUAUGAGGGAGCAGCCAGGAAGCUGUGUGUUCCUGUGGAGAUGGUGCAGCAUGGAGUGGAGGGCCUGAUGUUUCUGAUGACAGAGAGCUCCAAACACAUGAUCUCUGAAGUGGAUUUCCUGGAUUCAGUGUUGGUUUUGGGGUUUGGUGAAGAGCUUAACCAGAUCCUCUUACAGCUGUACUUGCAGCACCACAGUCAGAUCCGCAGCAUUCUGAGUCAGCUGCCCUCCAACCUCCCUGCCUACCGCAGCCUGGAAUGGAGACUGGAUGUACAGUUGGCGAGUCGCUCAGUCCGUCUACAGGUCAUUCCCAUGCUAAUGAUGCAUCUGCUCCUGAAGAGAGGUUGUGACAGCAGCAGCAGCAGCAGCAGCAGGGUUCUCCAGACAGACCCCAACACCCUCCUUCACCUUAUCUCCACACUGGAGGCUGCACUGGCUGCCAUGAAAACCAGUCACGCUCGCCGUAUAUUACGCAACAUCAAAUAAUUCCCAAGGUCUCUUUUCAAUUUGUGCCUCCUGCCACCUGCAAAACAUCAAAUUACUGCCUUUAUAACUAGAAAACAUUACACACACACAUACCUGUAUUCAUCAGUGCAGUGUUGGAUGUUUCUUUUGAUUUGGUCCUAGAUGUUAAGCAAAUUUUGCCCAUCUGAAUGGUCACCACUGUAUUCCCUUUUAGUCAUAAAUAUGUGCCGAAUGGUAUUGACUGUAUUGUAUAUAAGCUUUUCACACUGCUGCUGAUAAUUAAUAAGUACAGUACACCUGUGUCCAUAUUUUAGUGGAAAAGAAGAAAGAAUGUCAUUACCAAUAACUGCUUUCUGUAAUUGCUGUGCACAUGGCAAUAAAGAAUUUGAAUUUCACUUACA